UUGGCACGCACAUAAGUGCACCCUCUGAACCUUUAGAUCUUGUGCAUUUAGGUCUAGUGCAAGUGUUCGACAUCACGCCAGCGUUGUGUAGGCCAGGGCACUGAUCUUCCUCGCAUAAUCUGCCCACAAUGCUGCGUGGUGCUGUUUCUCACGGCCCUGCGGUCGCCGACCGGGCUGCCGCUGGCCCCGCCCGCUGCGCUGCUCCCGUCGCCCGUGGUGUGCGCAGCGCAGCGCCCACGCGUCAGCGUCGCGCGGAGGCUUCGGUCAAUGCCCCGCGGGCGGGCCCGGCCGGUAGCUACUCGGGCGAGUGGGAUAAGCUUUCAGUGGAGGAGAUUGAUGAGUGGCGCGAUGUGGGCCCGAAGACGCCCCUGCUGGACACUGUCAAUUACCCGGUGCACCUGAAGAACUUCAACAAUGAGCAGCUGAAGCAGCUCUGCAAGGAGCUGCGCAGUGACAUCGUGCACACCGUCUCUCGCACCGGUGGACACCUUAGCAGCAGCCUGGGCGUGGUGGAGCUGACGGUGGCUAUGCACUAUGUAUUCAACACCCCGGAGGACAAGAUUAUUUGGGACGUGGGCCACCAGGCGUAUGGCCACAAGAUCCUGACUGGCCGUCGCAAGGGUAUGGCCACGAUUCGCCAGACCAACGGCCUUUCGGGCUUCACGAAGCGCGACGAGAGCGAGUACGACCCUUUCGGCGCUGGCCACAGCUCCACCUCGAUUUCGGCGGCUCUGGGUAUGGCGGUGGGCCGCGACGUUAAGGGCAAGAAGAACAGUGUGAUCGCUGUCAUCGGCGACGGCGCCAUCACCGGGGGUAUGGCCUAUGAGGCCAUGAACCAUGCGGGCUUCCUGGACAAGAACAUGAUUGUGAUUCUGAACGACAACCAGCAGGUGUCGCUGCCCACGCAGUACAACAACAAGAACCAGGACCCCGUGGGCGCCCUGUCCAGCGCCCUGGCGCGCCUGCAGGCCAACCGGCCCCUGCGCGAGCUGCGCGAGAUUGCCAAGGGCGUGACCAAGCAGCUGCCUGACGUUGUCCAGAAGGCAACUGCUAAGAUUGACGAGUAUGCUCGCGGCAUGAUCAGCGGCACUGGCUCCACGCUGUUUGAGGAGCUGGGCCUGUACUACAUCGGCCCUGUGGACGGCCACAACCUGGACGACCUCAUCGCCGUGCUCAGCGAGGUGCGCAGCGCCGAGACCGUGGGCCCGGUGCUGGUGCACGUGGUAACGGAGAAGGGCCGCGGCUACCUGCCCGCCGAGACGGCGCAGGACAAGAUGCACGGUGUGGUCAAGUUCGACCCCCGCACCGGCAAGCAGGUGCAGGCCAAGACGAAGGCCAUGUCGUACACGAACUACUUCGCGGACGCGCUGACGGCGGAGGCGGAGCGCGACAGCCGCAUCGUGGCGGUGCACGCGGCCAUGGCGGGCGGCACCGGCCUGUACCGGUUCGAGAAGAAGUUCCCGGACCGCACCUUUGACGUGGGCAUUGCGGAGCAGCACGCCGUGACCUUUGCUGCCGGCCUGGCGUGCGAGGGCCUGGUGCCCUUCUGCACCAUCUACAGUACCUUCAUGCAGCGCGGUUACGACCAGAUCGUGCACGACGUGUCCCUGCAGAAGCUGCCUGUGCGCUUCGCUAUGGACCGCGCUGGCCUGGUGGGCGCUGACGGCUCCACGCACUGCGGCGCCUUCGACGUGACGUUCAUGGCGUCGCUGCCGCACAUGAUCACCAUGGCUCCCUCGAACGAGGCGGAGCUCAUCAACAUGGUGGCCACCUGCGCCGCCAUCGACGACGCGCCCUCGUGCUUCCGCUUCCCCCGCGGCAACGGCCUGGGCCUGGACCUGGCCGCCUACGGCAUCAGCAAGGACCUGAAGGGUGUGCCCCUCGAGGUGGGCAAGGGUGUUGUCCGCCGCCAGGGCAAGGACGUGUGCCUGGUGGCGUACGGCAGCAGUGUGAACGAGGCGCUGGCCGCGGCGGACAUGCUGGAGCGCGAUGGCGUGUCCACCACCGUCAUUGACGCGCGCUUCUGCAAGCCUCUGGACACCAAGCUGAUCCGCUCGGCUGCCAAGGAGCACCCUGUCAUGAUCACCAUCGAGGAGGGCUCCGUGGGUGGCUUCGCUGCGCACGUGAUGCAGUUCCUCGCACUGGAGGGCCUGCUGGACGGCGGGCUCAAGUUCCGGCCCAUGACGCUGCCGGACCGCUACAUCGACCACGGCGACUACCGCGACCAGCUGGCCAUGGCCGGCCUCACCAGCCAGCACAUCGCCUCCACCGCGCUCACCACCCUGGGGCGCGCCAAGGACGCCGCCAAGUUCUCACUGUCAGCGCUGCAAGCGUAAAGCACCCAAUCAGCCUGGGGCCUCAAUAGGACGACGGCAAUCACAUAUACAGCUUGAGCUUGGUGCAUACGGAGGAGGCGGUCGGAUGGCUGCAAAGGCAGCCUAGCAACGGAGCGGAUUACGGCAGGUUGUUGACAAGAGUGGCAGACAGGGAAGGCAGGCAUCGACAUGUAAGGGCAUGGCCGUGGGAGGCUGAUGCAGCCCUUGGCUUGGUGACCACAGCGGCGCCGAGCUUGUAGGUUAGGUUUCAGUGUCAGGAGCGUUUGAUACUCGACUUGAUGGCUGCGGGGUUGUCGGAAGCAGGACGAUGCCCGUGUGGUUGGAACGGCGUCUAGUUGGUUCUGGCAACGGGCAUCGAGCUGGGGAAGCGUUGGGGCAUGCACCUGCUCAGCGGGGACCGUGAGCUUUCGGCGAGUUUUGGCGGGGUCGUAGGACGAUGAGUGGUGAUGACACACGCAUAGUCCCACCACACGCUUCGUACACGACGUUGGUCAUUUUGUCGCCCCGAUGCAAAGGGGCAGGAGACCAGGCAGCAAAGCGGCUCGACGCCCCUUGCGCCUUACUGUAUUUUGACCCUUAAGAUUGAUGCGUGUGUGUCUGUGUGCGUGUGGUUCACAGUUAUUUGUGUUGCCGAGUGGUAUGUUACUGCGUGUUGGGCUGACAAGGACUGCGAUGACGGAUGGCGUGCAGGAAGCUGUGGCACGUGCGGAUGUAGAUGAGGAUCUAGGUGCUUGCGGGCACACUGACAGUCAAAUAGGCCAUGCCAUGCAAGCCGCACGCCGUAACAGACUUCAGUGACCUCGUUGAAUAAACCCGCACACGCACCGUGACCCAUGAAAUGGGUUUGCUGCGAAUGACAGCGCACUCCACGAUGUAAAUGUGAAUCAUA